AUGUCGACGGAGCCGGCCUCGCGGAAGCGCAAGGCGGAGGCUGAGCCUGCCGAGGAUCCGGGGCUCGGUGGGCUGUAUGACUUCCUUCCCCCUCCUGAUCCGGAGAAGGACAAGGCCACGGCUGCCAAAGCACGCAAAGCCGAGCAGCUGAGCACAAGGCCGAAGCUUCCUCCUGUCGACAGGUCCAGAGUCAUAUUCCUGGAUGUCGACGGCGUCCUCCUCCCAGCCGGCAGCGUCGAAAUGAUAUUCAUCGAUGGCGUCAUGCUGCCUGUGCGGGCAGCAAAGGAAGCCGACUUCAACAGAACUGCGCUGUCCAACCUGCGGGCCAUAGUGCAGCAGACGGGCGCUUCCAUUGUUCUGUCUUCCGAGUGGCGGCGGAAGGAGGAGAUGAGGGACAACAUCCGAAGAACUCUUCAAGCCCAGGACAUUCCUGGUGUUCAAGAUUCCACGCCGAUCUUCCAGCCCUCGGCCGAGCUAGUCAAGCAGAGGCUCGAUCAGGCGAUCAUUUGGGCAGAGCGGCGUGCGCGGGAGAUAGGCAGUUGGCUGAAGCAGCACAAAGAAGUCAAGGCCUGGGUGGCCAUCGAUGACAUCGACUUUAGCUGGGCUGACAGCGUAAAGGUGUCGGGAACACCGCUGAUGAAGCAUCGCACAGUCCUCACAAAUCCGAAGUACUGCAUAACGGAGAAGGAUGCCGAAGAGGCUGUCCGCAUCCUCCUCAAUCCUCCUGUCAUCGCCCCUGGCGAGGAGGCGGAUGCAAUUGCUGCUGCCAGAUACUUGACAGAGGAGGCGUUAGCGAAAUGCGCGGGGGCUGGCCUGAUGUAA